AUGGGAGAGAAGAAGAAGGAGAUCGUGCCACCAGAACACGACGUGAACGCUAAGUGGGACACGUGUCUCGAUCUCACGACGCGCCGUUUCGUCUACUCAUCCCUCGGCGGCGCCUUCGCCGGUCUUCUCUUCUUCAGGAGUCCUGUUACGAGAUGGGCGUCUAUUGCGUUUGGUGCUGGGAUUGGUAUUGGCUCUGCAUACACAGAUUGCUCUCGUGCCUUUGAUGCUCCUCCAGCCAUUGUAGCAGCUGCUAAGAGUGCAGAGACUUCUGUACCUCCUCAGGCUGCAGACGAGUAGACAAUGAUGAUAAAGCCGAAAGUAAGUGAACUCCCAUGGAAAGAUCUGCAAGGCUGUUCAGAAUCACACAAAUGAUUGUUGAAUUGUUUCCUAAACUCUUACCAAAUGGACAAAUCUUUUGAGAUUACUACCAAAAUGUAAAACCUUCGUUUUCUUUCUUUGUUCUGUUAAUCGUUUUCAACAAAUUGACGUCUUAAAAUGUUAUAUCAGUGAGGCGCACUCUUAUUCCGAUAAUAAACAACUAUUCCUCA